AACAUCAACGCCGCCGCGCAGGCCGCACGUAGCGGAGCGGCCGAAUAAUUGUCACGCCGGCCGCCGGGAAUCGCGUCGACCCGCCGCGCGCUUCUUCUAGUUCUCGAGCCACAUCUUCUUCCUCGCCCAACCACUCGGUGUCCAACGGCAGCCAGCUGCCUGCCAUUGUCACCGCUCUCCACCCAUCUCCCCCUCGAUCGUCCGCGUCUCCCUUCGCCAUAUAGAGCCAGGAUUAUUUCAAACCUGAGGCGUGUGUGAUAUACAUCUUGUGCUAGCUUGGCUCGCGAGCAACUUGGUGAUUUGCUGCUGAUCCACCGUGGUUGCUGCCGCUUCUCGGAUUGAAGUUUCAGGCCGGCACGCCAAGAUUUGAGGAUGUGGUGUUGCAGCGGCGCGGAGGAGGAGCCCCUGGCCGUCCCGCCGGCCGGCAACCCGGCCUACACGCCGCCGCGAGCACCAGCAGCCCAUCCGAGAGGGCCGAGCAUGCCGAGGCCCGGCGCGGCGUCGGCGGCCAAGGUGCUGCCCAUCGACGUGCCGGCGUUCCCGCUGUCGGAGCUGAACCGCCUGACGGGCAACUUCGGGGACAGGGCGCUGGUCGGGGAAGGCUCCUACGGCCGCGUGUACCGCGCCAAGCUCGGCACCGGGGAGGCGGUGGCCGUCAAGAUGUUCGACAACGGCGGCUCCUCCGGGCAGUCGGAGGCCGAGUUCUGCGAGCAGCUGUCCGUGGUGUCCCGGCUCAAGUGCGAGCACUUCACCCAGCUGCUGGGCUACUGCCUCGAGCUCAACAACCGGAUCGUGCUCUACCAGUUCGCCACCAUGGGCUCCCUCUACGACAUACUCCACGGGAAGAAGGGGGUGCAGGGGGCGGAGCCGGGGCCGGUGCUGACGUGGAGCCAGCGCGCCAGGAUCGCGUACGGGGCGGCGCGGGGGCUGGAGUACCUGCACGAGAAGGCGCGGCCGUCGAUCGUGCACCGCGACGUGCGCUCCAGCAACGUGCUGGUCUUCGACGGCCACGACGCCAAGAUCGGGGACUUCAACCUCACCAACCAGUCCCCCGACUCCGCCGCGCGCCUGCACUCCACCAAGGUGCUCGGCACGUUCGGAUACCACGCGCCCGAGUAUGCGAUGACGGGCCAGCUGACACAGAAGAGCGACGUGUACAGCUUCGGCGUCGUGCUCCUUGAGCUCCUGACCGGGAGGAAGCCCGUGGAUCACACCAUGCCCAAGGGGCAGCAGAGCUUGGUCACCUGGGCCACUCCAAGAUUGAGCGAGGACAAAGUGAAGCAGUGUGUGGACCCCAAGCUGAAGGACGACUACCCGCCGAAGGCCGUGGCAAAGCUCGCGGCGGUGGCGGCGCUGUGCGUCCAGUACGAGGCCGACUUCAGGCCCAACAUGACCAUCGUCGUCAAGGCCCUGCAGCCCCUCGUGACUGCUCGGCCUGGAGGAGAUCACCCGUAGCCUAGAUAGACAGUGCGGCAUGUGCAUGUUCCUGCCAGUCAUCCUGUGCCAAACUGCAAUCGAGCGGUUUUUUGAACUUUUUGUACUUCACGUUUACGGCGCUGUAGUCAAAUUGUUGUCACAAGAACGGCCUGCUUGGCCAAUCUAAGAGAGUGUAAACGAACCAUUUUACUUGUAAAAUCUGGAAAUAAUCUAUCGCGAAUUCGCACUUAA